AGCAAUACUAGUAUGAUUGUGAAUGGACGAUGCUAAAAUCAUAAAGAGGAACGUAGAGAUUCUACAAAUGCAAUUUGUGGAAAUUGCAUUAUAACAAUAAAUCAUACAAAUUGUUCAAACUAUUUAAAUACAUAUACAAAUUCUGGAUGUACAAAAUGCAGAGUUAGAACACAUUAAUUAACAUCAUAAAGUAUUAAAGCGUUCAAUCAUUAAAAAUAUAGUGAAUGGUAUUUAGAAUGUACAGCUAAUUCAGAGGGAAUUAGAGGUUAAUUUAGAACAUGUUACAAUUAGAGAGAUGAUGUAACUACAUUUACAGGAUGUACUUGUUAAAAAAGGCUCGUGGUUGUAAUGUAAAUUCAACAAAUGAU